AUGCUCAGCACCUCGGUCCUCUCGGCCCUGAUCCCGGCCUUCCUGCUGGCCGCCGGCGCCGCGGGCCAGGCCCAGGGCACGGGCUCCACGACGCGGUACUGGGACUGCUGCAAGACGAGCUGCGCCUGGCCGGGCAAGGGCGCGCUGUCCAAGGGCCCCGUGCAGACGUGCGACAAGGGCGACAACCCGCUCAGCGACAACGGCGCCACCAAGUCCGGGUGCGACAACGGCGGCGGGGCGUACAUGUGCUCGAGCCAGUCGCCCUGGGCCGUCGACGACUCGCUCGCCUACGGCUACGCGGCCGUGCGCAUCUCGGGCCAGACCGAGAUGCAGUGGUGCUGCGCCUGCUACGAGCUGACCUUUACGAGCGGGCCCGUCAGCGGCAAGAAGAUGGUCGUCCAGGCGGUCAACACGGGAGGGGACCUGGGGCAGAACCACUUUGAUCUCGCUAUCCCCGGCGGCGGCGUCGGAUUGUUUAAUGCCUGCACGAACCAAUGGCCUGGAAAAGACGGAGCCCCCCCUAACGGAUGGGGCAAGCAAUACGGCGGCAUCAGCAGCAAAUCCGAGUGCGCCGGCUUCCCGGCCAAGCUCAAGGACGGGUGCAACUGGCGCUUUGACUGGUUCGGAGGCGCGGACAACCCUUCGGUCACCUUCAAGCAGGUCGCCUGCCCGUCCGAGAUCACGUCCAAGUCCGGCUGCAAGCGCUCGGACGAGCGCUAG